GGAAACCGGAGCACCCGGAGGAAACCCACGCGGACACGGGGAGAACAUGCAAACUCCACACAGAAAGGGCCUCGCCGGCCACGGGGCUUGAACCUGGACCUUCUUAUUGUGAGGAGCUUCAACAGCCUAGCCAUGGUGGAUGUAAGCAAAUGGCCCCUCUUUAGCCUCGUGAGUGCACAGGACACUGCCUCAAUACGUCAGGCGUGUGUGUUUGGAACAUCUGCCAACGAGGCAAUCUACAUCACCCAUGAUAACGAGGUGUACGUGUUUGGGCUGAACUGCAGUAACUGCUUGGGCACAGGGGACAGCACGAGCACCAUCGUCCCUAAAAAGCUAGACUGUCUGAGUGGGAAGAAGGUGGUCAGUCUAAGCUAUGGCAGUGGACCACAUGUGCUGCUAGUUACAGAAGAGGGCCAGCUGUACGGGUGGGGACAUAACGGGUACAGUCAGCUUGGUAAUGGGACUACCAAUCAGGGCGUGUCUCCUGUGCUUGUGUCCACGAACCUGCAGAACAAGAGAGUGAUCGAUGUGGUUUGUGGAUCGCACCAUUCAGUCGCCCUGACCCACGAUGGAGAGGUGUUUGCUUGGGGCUAUAAUAACUGCGGUCAAGUGGGGUCAGGAUCCACAGCCAACCAGCCCACACCACGCAGGGUCUCCAGCUGCCUCCUUAACAAAACAGUGGUCAGCAUAGCCUGUGGUCAGACCUCCUCCAUGGCAGUAACGGACAACGGAGAGGUGUAUGGUUGGGGUUAUAAUGGUAAUGGACAGCUUGGGUUGGGGAACAAUGGAAAUCAGCUGACGCCGUGUCGUCUAGCAGCGCUACAGGGUGUCUGCAUCCUACAGAUCGCCUGUGGUUAUGCCCACUCACUGGCACUAACAGAUGAGGGAUUGUUGUAUGCAUGGGGAGCCAAUACUUACGGCCAGCUUGGUACAGGCAACAAGAGCAAUCAACUCAGCCCAGUUCAGGUCAUGGCUGAGAAAGAGAGGAUUGUGGAGAUAGCGGCAUGUCACUCCACGCACACCUCGGCAGCGAAGACGCAGAGUGGCCAGGUCUAUAUGUGGGGCCAGUGCAGAGGUCAGUCCAUCGUCUUACCCCACCGCACACACUUCAGCUGCACCGACGACGUCUUCGCCUGCUUCGCGACGCCAUCGGUCAUGUGGAGACUCCUGUCCAUGGAGCAUGAUGAUUUCCUGACCGUGGCUGAGUCUCUGAAGAAAGAGUUUGACAGCCCUGAGACCUCAGAUCUCAAAUUUAGCGUAGAUGGCAAGUUCAUACAUGUCCACAAAGCAGUGCUGAAAAUCAGAUGCGAACACUUUAGAUCCAUGUUUCAGUCCCACUGGAAUGAAGAUAUGAAGGAGGUGAUUGAGAUCGAUCAGUUCUCCUACCCCGUCUACAGGUCCUUCCUGGAGUUCCUCUACACCGACACUGUAGAUCUUCCUCCAGAAGAUGCCAUUGGAUUGCUGGAUCUGGCAACUUCGUACUGUGAGAACAGGCUAAAGCGACUGUGUCAGCACAUAAUAAAGCGGGGCAUCACUGUGGAAAAUGCCUUCUCCCUGCUGUCUGCGGCAGUCAGAUACGACGCUGAGGAUCUUGAAGAAUUCUGCUUCAAGUUCUGUGUGAACCACCUGACGGCGGUGACUCAGACAGCAGCGUUCUGGCAGAUCGACGGGAACAUGCUGAAGGAGUUUAUCUGUCGAGCCAGUCGCUGUGGAGCUUUUAAAAACUGACUCCAAGCUAAAUGAGCUUGAGUGCAGCUGUAUUACAAACUCAUCUGCACCAUUAGAGGGCACUGUUACUGACCGCACAUUGGAUUUUGUUUUAUUGCAGAUAUCUAUCAUUUACGGAAGCCUGUUUCCGCCACCAUAAAAAUCAGAAGGUUUCUCAUAAUUAUGACUUAAUUCUCAUUUUUAUGAGAUUUUCUUUUGACUUUUUGCCAUAAUGAUGGAGUACCUCAGUUAUGAUGUGCUGUCUCAUUGCCUGACAUUUGUCAUAAUAAUGACUUACUAUUUCAUAAUUAUGAGAUGUUCCCAUUAUGGCAUACGGAGUGACUGAGUGGUCACUCAGAAAGUGAUGGAAACAGGCUUCAUAUAUUAUAGACCAACAGGAGAAUGGUUGCUUUCAUUCAUUCAUUCCCAUGGCAUGAAUGAGUUUUUAUGAAGGUUGUUUGAAUUUAUCUUGAUAGAUUUUUUUUUUUUAUUUAUGGAUGAGUGUUGCAUUUCAGCAUAGGUACUGUAUCAAUACAGAGAAAUAGACAUUGUUUUUCCAUUAGACUUUAUAGCACUUGGUUUGUCUGUGCCUGUUGGGUCAUCUUUAACUACAGUUACUGAAGUGCAAUCCAUCAGUGUUACUCUGUUUGUUUAGUGUAGGUAAUGGUAUGGGGCCGAGUAAAAUUAAGGAUCCUUAAUUUUACGAGGAACCAUACGAUUACUUGUUUAUAAUACAUAGAGCCAAAUUACUCAAUUCUAACACGACACAAGGACCGCAUUUCUACAGAAUAUCAUCUUGUUUCGUCAGGCUUUUGGACUUGUUUGGCGCUUUACCCAUUCCAAUAAACUAGCCAAUAGCAUUUCAGAAAUAUGGCCUCGUGUUAAGGAAAAAAGCCCUCAUUGAUUGACCAAUCAGAACUGAGUAAUUUGGCCCUAUGUAUUAUAAACUAUAUAUAAUCCAUUCCGGAAUCUCAGUUUAACUUAGAAUUGACAAUGUAGAGUCCACAGUAAUAUCCUAACAUGCCUGAUGGACUUGUUGGGUUUGUUUGGACUGUGGUGGGAACUGGAGAACACUUUUUUUUUUUUGGAAUGGUGUUUGGAUCAUAUUCCUAUGCUAUGCAUUAUUGUACACAUUUUUUUCCCCCCUCUCUGACAUCACAUCCCAAUUGGCAGAGCCAGGGUUAAAGUGACGGCGGAGACUAAUGGGUAUUUUUUUUUUCCCUUCCUCCUGAUUUGGUGCAGCUCGUUUAUUAUUUUCAUACAUUAUAAUAGUGUGAUUGUGGAUGUCAUCCCAGUUGGUGAUGCUUUUUUUUUUUUUUUUUUUUUCUUUCCUUUUCUCAUAUUUGCUGUUCCAGUGUUGACUGACACGUAAACAAAAUGUUUAAUUCUGGUCUUUCGGUAUAUAGUCACUUGCAGGACUAACUCAUGUAUGCUUGAGGAAAGCCACUUUGAUUUUUUUGUAUUUUGAGGGGUUUUUUUAAACCAGAAAUUUAAUUUACUUGUUACUAGUUGUGCUUGUGAGAAGUUUAAGGACGCUUGAUUUGAAAUUUGUUUCAGUUCUUAAUCUCUGUUCAUAUAAAUGUUUUUUUUUUUUUUUUUCCUCCCUACCUGCUCCUUCCUUAAUAUAUACUAACGUGCAUAUGAAUUUCUUUUGACUGAGAAUUUUUGGGAAACAACCAACUGGAUACAAAGAUCCACAUUAAACGUCCUGAAUUUGUUACUAUCCAGAUAUCAGGACUCUAACAGCCGGAAGGGAUUCAGUACUGACCUCUUUGCUCGUUAAAACUGCAAAAGACACUCUUUUUGCUAUUACUUUGUUCUUGCUAAUGAUUCAUUGAAGAGCUAUUGAUCCUAAUUGAGCUAACAGACUUUGCAUUAAAUGAAAAUGCGACAUCUGAUUUAGUUUUUGAAAUAUGGCGAGUCUGCUUUGAUGCCCAUCGAGUCUUUCAGUCUAAUUUCAGGCUAAUAAUACUCAGUACUGGAUCAAUGCACUUUUAAUUUACUUGCAUCAUUUUCAUUUUGUAUGACUUUAUGUUGGUUUAUGUAAAAUGCUCGUUGUUAAUGUGUAAAGAAGCGGGUUUCUUUUUUCUGAAAUGUGUAUAUAUUGUACAGGUUUUGCACUAAACACAAUUAAUUGAUUUAAAUAAAGUGAUUUAUCAA